AUGAAAUGCAAUGAGCUGAUUGACGCAUUGAAGGCCCACUCUUUUGACUGGACCAAGCAUAUUAUAGUCCAAUCCCAAGACCAGUCCCUGGACCAUGACGCUCCAUCAUGUCUUCAGAGACUGGAAAAUUGGACCAAGGGAGACACUGGAUCUUGGUCCUAUCUUUUUCUUGGUCUUCAAGAGAUAGAACGACCCGAGUUGGCCCAAAAGUUUGCGCAAGAAGUGUCCAGUGACGUCAUCACGAGAUUAAGAUCGAUACCCACUUCCGGUGAAGAGAAGAGGAGUCGAAAGAAGCGAAGGGCUGGGAACAAGGACCAGCUUCAGACCAGGCCCAAGCCCGGGACCCAGGACGGGCUCCAGGGGGAGAACACUCAGAUGACGAGUAGGGGAAAUUCGGAGAGGAGAAGUAAUGCUGGAAGAACGCAUGUCAAGAGGAAAAGAUUAGGAAAGCAAGAUACGGGAUUAGACACGCAAGAGAAUGAAGGAGCCACGCCAUUAGAAUUAGUCAAUGCGGGAGAGAGGGGAGGAGUCACAAGAAGACAGAGAAAGGGGAGGCAGAAGGGCGGAGCUAAGAGGAGGAGGAUGACGGGGAAGAUGAGAGGGAGGAGCAAUCGGAGAAGGAAAAGACAACGGGGUCGUAGACCCAGUCCAUAGAGUCAUGGAUCGAGCUCA